UUAUUUUUACAAAAAUUCCUUUUUUUUUUGUUAAAAGUUAUUUUUGGAUCCAGAAUCGGGAGAAAGUUACAUAACAAUCUCUCCAAAACUACGCGGAAGCUUCGAGGGAUGACGACAACGCAUGUGAUGAAGGGCACCAAUCGCUUCGAAGAAAGAAUUCGACUCGGGGUGGUGUUCCGGAAAGCUGCUAAGUCAAGAACCAGGGCAAGCACAGCAGGAAACAACAUCCAGAAAGUGCAAGGCUUCAACAUGAACAACCGGAAUGUGCUUCAUGCAACAUCCGGAUGGUCCAAUUGGUGCAUCCAGAUCGAAGGCGAAGCAUGUCGCUCAUCCGGACGAACUCAGGAAGCUGCGAGUCCGCCAAACAACCGAGUGAAAAAAGGUAAAAAAUACAUAAUCUGCAUUCGUGAAAAGAAAAACGGAAACGAUAGAAGUGUUUUUCGGAACACCCGGAAGGUGUUUCCGGAACAUUCCUAUAAGGUCCGAAAUACAUGAUGAAUUACAAAUGAAAUUGUAUGUAUUUACUGUAAAAAGUUUCGAAUAAAAUGAAUUUGAUUAAUAAAACAUUUGUUUCUAGUUUCCGGGAAUUUAAUUUGAAUAAUAUAAAAUAAUCAAAACCCCAGUACGGGUUGGAAUCUUUCUAUUGUUGGUUGAAGAUAAGCUGUAUCGUCUUUUUUGGAUGAUUGGAUCAUUAGAUAAAGAUAACAUGUAUGAUCCAACUUGCUUGGAGUGAGUAGAAAAAAGCAAAAAAAUUGAAUGGUUACUCUACUUAACGACCCGUUCCCUGUAUCGUAAAGUGCGUCCAAACGAUUCCAUUUCACGAAAAAAUGAUAAGCCUUAUCUUACAUUAAUAAUCCAAAACUAUAGAAGUAAUCUUUUGUGUGUC